AUGGCGAUUCCCAAAUUGACGGCCAUUGCGUACCUUCUGACCGCCGCGGCGGUAUUCCUGGCGGCGAUUCCGCGGCAAUCGGCGGCGGAACCAGCUGUGGCUUCGGCGCCGUCGCCGGGGAUCGACUGUUUCCCGUAUCUAAUCAACAUGUCGGAUUGCCUGAGCUUCGUAGAGAAGGGCAGUAACCUGACGCAGCCGGAGAAAGGUUGCUGCCCGGAGCUAGGGCAGCUGGUGAACACUCAGCCGGUCUGCCUCUGCCAGCUGCUGAGCCGGCCGGCUCAGACCGGGAUCCCUCUGGACAUCAGUAGGGCACUUAAGAUGCCUUCCGCCUGCAAUGUCUCCGCCCCUCCGGUUAGCUUCUGUGCGGAUGUUGGUGUUCCUGUAGCAGAUUCUGCACCAAGUGAAGCCCCUUCCCAAGGAAUUGGUUUGCCUAUGGGAUCUCCCCCUGCACCAACUGAAUUCCCUGCAGAUGGAUCAGCAGCAGCCAAGAACAGAGCCCCACCCACUCUGCCCUCUUACCUCAUCAUCUUCUCCUUAGCCUUAUUAUCAUUUCUUCUAAAUCUCAUUCAUUUUUUCUAAUUAUCUAUCCCCAUUCAAUAAUUAAUUUAGAAUCUGAAAAACACUCUUGUUUAUCAUCUAUCUAUUCAUCUUUCUUGUUCUAUCAUUAUUACACUAAUAGGGUGUUUUUGUUUCAAGGUUUAU